AUGUCGGGUAUCAUCUUUGUCACUGAUGUCAAACCUCCAAUGUUGGGGACCCUCAUUGUCACUGAUGUCAAACCUCCAAUGUUGGGGACCCUCAUUGUCACUGAUGUCAAACACUCAUUUCCGGGGAUCAUCAUUGUCACUGAUGUCAAACCCUCAAUGUCGGGAAAUAUCAUUAUUACUGAUGUCAAACCCUCAAUGUCAGGGAUCAUCAUUGUCACUGAUGUCAAACCCUCAAUGUCGGAGACCAUCAUUGUCACUGAUGUCAAACCCUCAAGUUCGGGGAUCAUCAUUGUCCCUGAUGUCAAACCCUCAAUGUCGGGGAUCAUCAUUGUCCCUGAUGUCAAACCCUCAAUACCGGAGAUCAUCUUUGUCACUGAUGUCAAACCCUCAAUGUCGGCGUCGAGGAUCAUCCUUAUCACUGAUGUCAAACCCUCAAUGUCGGGGAUCAUCAUUGUCACUGAUGUCAAACCCUCAAUGUCGGAGAUCAUCAUUGUCACUGAUGUCAAAACCUCACUGUCGGGGAUCAUCAUUGUCACUGAUGUCAAACCCUCAAUGUCGGGGAUCAUCAUUGUCACUGAUGUCAAACCCUCAAUGUCGGAGAUCAUCAUUGUCACUGAUGUGAAACCCUCAAUGUCGAACCCUCAAUGUUGA